AUGGGUAAUUUACCAUGUGUAGGAGAAAAAGAUGAAGCGUGGAAACAACAAAACAAAGAAAUGGAAGCGAAUCCAGCUUACCAGUUCGUUAAUCUCACAAAAGGGGGUUCUCUCAUAGAAGCCUAUAACAAGGAAGGGCCACAACAAGUGGUGCAGAUUGCACGAAAUGAAAUGGCCGCUUUCUUGUACGAUGUUGAUGGGAAAACGCAUCGGAUCACAGAGAGUGAGUUUCUUCGGUGGAAAUGGAAGUGUUCUCAGAAAGCUUCGGGUUCAGACAAAACAGAAACAAUCUCUGAUCAAAAGUUGAAAGCCGCCCAUGUUGAAGACUAUUUCCAUAAAUUUACUCCUCACGAUGCAUGCUGGGAUCUGGACAAACGAGGGGGUGUUGGAGAGACGCCCUUUCACCUCUUAUUUUUAAUGGACUCUCCCGUUCAUUUUGAAGUUGCCAAGAUUUUGCUGAUGCUGUAUCCAAACCUGGCACUGGAUGUUUACGAGGGCGAAGAGUACUACGGAGAAAGCGCCUUACACAUAGCAAUAGUGGUGGGAGACUUUGAGCUGGUGCAGCUGCUAGUGGAGGCCGGCGCAGACGUCAAUCAGAGGGCAACCGGAAGAUUCUUCUUGCCUGAAGAUCAGAAGAAGGGCUACACAGGACACACGAAUUAUGAAGGAUAUGCAUAUUAUGGUGAGUACCCUUUGGCUUUUGCUGCCUGUCUGGGACGGACGGAGAUCUACGACUACCUCCUGGAACAUGGUGCUCAUCCUGACCUGCAAGAUGUCUUCGGAAACACCGUUCUGCAUAUGGUGGUCAUUUCUAACCAAUCAAAACAGAUGCAGCAGAGAAGAAGUAGGGGCCGUAUCUGUGAAAUGUACCGCUACGCCUUACAUCAUCACAAAAUCAGAGCCAGCACUUGUGUGAAGAACAAUGACAAACUGGCUCCUCUAGCAUUGGCCUGCAAACUGGGCAGAUAUUCUAUUUUCAAGGAAAUGAUGGAUUUAGAUAGUAUUGAAUUUUGGCGUUUCAGUACCACGCUCUGUUCAGCACAUCCACUCCAUACACUGGAUACUAUAGCACCGGAUGGAAGUACAAACAAAAAUUCUGCUCUAAUGAUCAUUGUCAAUGGGGACAAAGAGGAUCACCUAGAGAUGCUAGAGGGAGGUGUCAUGAGGCAACUUCUCAUCGAGAAAUGGAAGACAUUCGCCAAGAAGCAAUUUAUGCUGCGCCUCGUCUUCGCAGUGACCCACAUUGUUAUGUUUAGUAUCUGUGUCUACACUCGACCAAUGGGAAGUAGGUUGCUGGAGUACAGAGGCAGUGUAGAUGCGGUGCGAUAUACUUGUGAAAUAAUGGUCACCCUGAACUGUCUGGUGAAAGUGCUUUAUGAAGUCACGGAGAUUUUCCGGCAAGGCAUCCACACGUUUAUAAAUAUCUGUUCACACGCUCCAGCCCAGACGGUGUACCUCAUCUCAUGCCUGUUGUUGCUGGCGUGUCUACCAUUACGACUGAGUCGUCUCCACGCUGUGGAAGACAUCCUGGUGAUCCUGGCUGCCCCCUGUGUCUGGUCUUCUCUACUGUUCUUUGCCAGAGGCUAUUCACUGACAGGUCCUUUCGUCACGAUGAUUUACAAGAUGAUAGUUGGAGAUCUGUUUCGGUUUGGCAUCAUCUACGUUAUAUUUCUUGCUGCCUUUACCCAAGUUUUCUUCUUCCUGUUUCACGAUGUUAAAGUUGAAGAGAAUACGGAUUUGGACAAAUUUUCCACUUUUCCAGAAGCUAUUCUGAAAAUUUACCAGAUGUCUUUUGGGGAGUUCAAGUACGAUGUGUUUAACCUGUCCCAUUACGCACCUUUGACAAAGAUCAUUUUCGGCUUAUUCUUGAUUUUGGUGCCGAUUCUACUCCUGAACAUGUUGAUUGCAAUGAUGGGCAACACACAUCUCAAAAUUAUCUCUAAAUCCACCAAAGAGUGGUGGAAACAGUGGGCCAAGAUUGUGGUUGUUCUCGAGAGUGGUAUUUCAAAGAAGAAGUUGCUACAGUAUCAGAAAGCCUACUCUGUGACACUGGCGGCUUCAUCAGAGCAGAGGGCUCUGGUUGUCAUCAGUCUGUGUUCAAAGUCCAAGGCCAAGAAACGCAAGGAGGCCGUGUUUAGAUGGAAGGCAUUGUCAAGGGAGAUAAUAUAUCAGUUACAUCACAGCAACUUGCAGAGGCAGCAAUUUGUUCUGAAAGAGUCGCUGAGAAAAGGUCGGCUUCUUGACGAGGAAAACCACACAAUGCUGACUAGUACAGUAACGGAACUUGCUUGGGUUAAAGACAUUGAUCUGACAAAAGGUCACUCAUUCGUGACAGACAAAGACAGUGUCCACUCCUACUCACCUUGUGACUUGUCUCCUAGCUUCCUUCGCUCGCCUGCGCAUGCAGUUAAUGGUUCACCAAUAAAAACAUACAUUGCCACACACCUUGAGGAUUCGAACCCACACGAGGUAACGGGAAAAGCUCCCUCAACUCCAAAGAAAAGAAGACGAAGGAUUGUACACAACAAAGUAUACCCAUUAAUUACAACGGAAAAAGAAGUUGUAAUGAAUGCAUCAGAUACGCUACAGAGUUUUGUUCUAGACGAUUCUGAAUCUGACGUUUGGGAUCGCAUUUCCUUUGAUGAUCAGCUCAGUGAAGAAGAAAAGAUGCAGAUCACAAAUAAGGAUAGCUCACAACCUCAAGGUUCUGUAGCUGACGACCGAGUUUAA